GGGGAAAAACCUUAUAAAUGUAAUGAAUGUGGAAAAACCUUCUACAAUAAAUCAGACCUAACCAAACAUCAGAGAACACACACAGGUAAGAAGCCCUAUAGAUGUAAGGAAUGUGGGAAAUUCUUCUCUAGGAAUUCAUACCUUACAAUACACCAGAGAAUGCAUACAGGAGACAAACCCUUUGUGUGUAAAAAAUGUGGGAAAACCUUAUACCAUAAGGCAGACUAUACAGUACAUAAGAGAACACAUAGAGGGGAGAAAUCUUAUUACUGUAAUGAAUGUGGGAAAACCUUUAUUUGCAACUCAGUCCUCAACUCCCAUCAGAGAAAACACAUGGGGGAGAAGCCCUAUGGGUGUAAUGAGUGUGGGAAGUCCUUCUCUGAGAAAUCAGUUCUUACUGUACAUCAGAGGAUACACACAGGGGAAAAACCUUAUAAAUGUAAUGAAUGUGGGAAGUACUAUCAUAAGUCAGAUCUCACUAAACAUCAGAGAACACACACAAGGGAGAAACCCUAUGAAUGUAGUCAGUGUGGGAAAAGCUUCAGUUGCAGCUUAGGUCUCAAAGUACAUCAGAGAAGACACACAAGGGAGAAACCCUAUGAAUGUAAGCAGUGUGGGGAAACCCUCUGAGAAAUAAACUCUCAUAGCACAUCCAAGGAUACACAUGGGAAAAAGCUUAUAAAUGUAGAAAUGAGAGAAAUCUUUCUCAAGCAAUUCAUACCUCAAAAUACUUAGGAGAAAUCAAAUAGGACAUGACCCCUGUGAAUGUGAAGAACUUGGCAAACUUUUUACCAUAAGUCAUCUUCCAAAGUAAAUAAGAGAAUAGGCAUAGGGGAAAUUCCUAAUAAUGUAAUGAAUGUUUGAAAAUCUGCUGUAAGAGACAACUACAAAGUAACUGAAUACAUGUAGAAGAAACACUACUGAUCCAUGUAGGGAAUAUGGGGAAAUAUUUUGCUAUAAUUUGGAAUUUAUUAAACAAAGAACUUCCAUAGGAAAUAAUCUAAUGACUCACAUGGAUAUAUGAAAAUGUUCUUCCAGAGAAUGACCAUUAAUAAAAAUAAGAUAAACCACAUUUAGAGAAAACUGUCAACAUUCUGUUUCUUUUGACAACUUUAUGCACAAGUUUUACUCAUUGUUUAUUAAAUAAAUAAUAGGGAAGAUAUUCAAAGAAUGCAGCAAAUGUCGUUGAGUCUAUAUCAAGAAAUGUCAUUUUACUAAGCAAGAUAAUUCAUAUUGAGUUAAAGUCAUAACAGAUAUUUUGAAUGUGAAGACAUUAACAAAUAUCCAGACUUUAUUAUAUCUGAAGAUUGUGUUAAAGGAAAUGUGUCAGUUUAGGAAAUAAUGAAUAGAAAUUUUCUUCUAGAUACAGUAUUAUCCUGAAAGUCAUGUUUUUAAAAAAUCAGUCAUGUUUUGUUCUGAUCCCAAAUUUUUAAAUAGAAAUGUAACUGUAAACAGAAUUCUAUACAAAUAGUAACUGUAGAGUAUGAAGAUUUUUUUAAAGCACAAAUAAAUUGAAUAACCUUUUCAGUCUCUGAGUCCACUUUUGGGGAAAGAGUGUUACCCCAUGGCCCUUUCUAUCACGAGCAUCUCCUGUCCUUGAUUAGUCUGCCCUCCAACUAUACUGUUGCCUCUGCAUUUUCUGCCUAAUGGACCUACCCUUAGGGGAGCUCAGGAUGGACCACCCUCUUACCAGAACAUACAUUGGGACCAGCCAGAGGCAGUGGGAUAUAGGUUGUCCUUGAGGCUGCAUCUGCCCCUCUUCCUAGGUGCAGAGACUGGAAACCACAUUAAGUGUGUGUACAAAGCUAAAGGACCACCUAGAACCUUUAGCCCAUGUGAGUUUGGUCUCCAAUUCAGAGCCACAGGAAGCUCAGUAUAGCUUACUUUUUUUAAUCCAAGCCUAUUGACUGAAUUUUAGUGAACCCUUUUAGGUGGGCUGGUGUAGUUUUAGUGAAAUAUUUCAUAACAUAACCAUCAGUGUACAUAUUGUAGCUUGGAAGUAAAGUAUUGCAAAAGUAGUUGAAGUAUCUGCACGUCAUUCCCAAAUUUCUUUAACUUCCUAUAACCUUUACCACCUUUAAGCCUUAUUUUAAACUUGGUUUUUAUUGAUACCAUGUCUCAUUACUUUCAUUCUUUAUUUCCAUAUAUACACAUAUACUAUUGUGGAUGUACAAUAACAUAUUUUGUUGUUUUGCAAGUAUUUGCAAAAGUUAAAGUUAUUCAGCUUUUGUCUUCAAAUACAUGGUUUUGACCUUUUUACCUGCUGAUAUGUUUAGCUUUACUU